AUGAUCUGGGCACCCAGCAACCCCUACAGCAGCCUCGAUCUCCUCGAAUCCGUCGCUUCUCAGACGGUCCUACUUCCUCUGAAGAAGAAAGCACAAGGAAGCGCCAUUCCGUUAGCCACCCCCCGCACAAAGUCCCCCUCAGCUUUCCUUUCGUCCAUCUCAACCUCCGCCUACUUCUCUACCAACCAAGCAACACACAACCAUCAUGACAUCCGCUCCGCCCCCCCUCUCCGAACCCCACCAAGAAAUCCGUACCCUAGACCCCUCCAGCCCGGCACACCCACCAUCUCCCAUCACAACGCACCACGCCGCACCGUCUCCCUCAUUCCAAACCCCGAGUCCGCCUCUCUCUCUCUCUUCUACACCCUGGGGGCCUCCUACACCAGUUUCGACCCUCGAGUAGCGUCGCUACCUGAGAACAUGACGGCGCGCGCGCGCGCGGCCGGCACAGACCCUACCGCGUAUCAGAGAACGGGAAGCGGCGGAGCUCUCCGAUCCCUAACAAUCACAUGUAGACGGGUAGACGGGGAGAAGGGGAGGCUGGAAGCCUUCUCGCAGACCCUGAUGACGAAUCUCCCCGAUUCGGUACACGGAAGUGCCGCCUAG